AUGCUCUUCACCGCGUCUACCAUCGUCCUCCUCACCGGCGUCGCCCUGGCCGCGCCCAGCAGCACCCUCAAAGCUCGCGACGUCGACAUCAACGCCGUCAUCCCGCCCGUCGUGCCCGUCAACGCCCGCGGCGGCAACGCCGACCUCAUCACCAAGCUCGUGACGUCGGCCACGGCCCUCGACCGGUCCAAGCUGCUCGACCAGCCCGGCGACUGGGUCUUUGACUUCAAGGACGUCAACGCCGCCGGCCGCUCCGAGGCCAAGGGCCAGGGCGGCCUGUCCAUCGCCGCCACCGCCAAGACCUUCCCGGCCCUCAUCGGCAACGGCGCCUCCAUGACCGUCGCCUUCCUCGGCCCCUGCGGCAUGAACACGGCCCACGUGCACCCGCGCGCCACCGAGCUCAACGUCGUCGUCCAGGGCCGCCUCGUCACAGAAUUUGUCCUCGAGAACGGCGCCAAGCCCGUCGCCAACACGCUCAGCACCUUUCAGAUGGCCGUCUUCCCCCAGGGCGCCAUCCACCAAGAGUUCAACCCGGACUGCACCGACGCCGUCUUUGUCGCCGCGUUUCCCGACGCCGACGCCGGCGUCAGCCAGGUCGCGCAAAACUUCUUCAGCCUCCGCCCGGACGUCGUGAGCUCGACCCUGGGCGGCGUGCAGACGCUCAACGGCAAGGACAUUGAGACGUUUCGCCACGCCAUCCCCGACAACAUUGCCCUCGGCAUCGACGCCUGCCUCAACAAGUGUGGCAUUCAGCGCAACGCCAAGCGUGACUUGACCGAGCUUUUCGAGUAG